AUGGAUUGGAAAGUUCUUCAGGGUUUUCUCAGCGGAGUCAACAAGUACUCCACUGCCUUCGGAAGGAUCUGGUUAUCAGUGGUCUUUGUUUUCCGGGUGCUGAUCUUCGUGGUGGCUGCUGAGCGAGUCUGGAGCGACGAGCAGGGGCACUUCGACUGCAACACCCGUCAGCCUGGUUGCACCAACAUCUGUUAUAAUCACUUCUUCCCCAUCUCCCACAUUCGCCUUUGGGCCCUCCAACUUGUUUUCAUCACUUGCCCUUCAUUCAUGGUGGUGCUCCACGUGGCUUACCGGGAAGAACGGGAACGCAAGUACCGAGCCAAGCACGGCGAGAACACUCGGCUCUACGACAACCCGGGACAAAAGCAUGGCGGCCUGUGGUGGACGUACCUGAUGAGCCUCUUCAUCAAAACUGGUUUCGAGAUCACUUUUCUCUACUUGCUCCACUACAUCUACGAUAGCUUUAAGCUGCCCAGGAAGGUUCAAUGCGAUGUCAGCCCCUGUCCAAAUCUGGUUGACUGCUACGUGUCUCGACCCACUGAGAAAACCGUUUUUUCCUACUUCAUGGUGGGGGCAUCCGUCCUGUGUGUGGUGCUCAACAUUUGUGAGAUAUUCUACAUGAUUGCGACCAGAGUGGUGAAUCGAAAACAACACGGCAGCAUCAGAAUUGCAUCGAGAAAGGUCCGCCCUGAAGUGGACUGCGACGCCUGCAAGUCCUCUCACGCUGAAUAG